AAUACAGCCAACAACAUGGCCGAGAAGACAAACCAGGAGAACUCUGAUGGGCGUACCAGUCAGACUCAAGAUGCUUCAUCUAGAAAUGAGCUACAGAUACCUGUGAGCUGCGUGGACCACCUUCUACAGGAGGAGCAGUAUGGACAAUGUGUGAAUUAUUCCACAUCAGAUUUCCUUCUUGCUAUGCUCGACUACCUAACUGACUAUAUCUUAGAAAUGGUGGGCACCGAGGCCAGCAACAACCUUAUGAACAACUCAGAAGGUGGAGAGAGAAGCCAGUCAAACAACCGUGAGUCCUCCCGCUCUUCAAAGGAUACACCCUUCUCUCUGUUUGACGAAAUGCCUGGAGCCAGGCGUACUGGAUGA